AUGGCUCUCUUACCCACUCUUCGAUCCUCCCUCCCCUCAUCAUCUACGAUCCUCUCACUCUCUCGACCUUUUUUUCCUCAAUCAUCCCAAUUCUCACAUCCUUAUGUCCAACUUCAAUAUCGAUCAAUCUCAUCGUCUUCAUCACGCAAUGCAGCGGCAAUGUCAAAAUCACGUUCUGUACAAGAUGUGGAAAAAGAAUUGGAAGAACAAAAACAGAUGAUGGCUAGAGCAAGUAGAACGAAUCCAGGUAUGGAUGUUGGUGUGCAGAAUUUACCUGUCUUUGAGUCAUAUAUCGAUCCUCAAAAACCAUUAUGGUAUUUCGUGGCUUUUUGGACAGAUAAAGCAUAUAGAGCAGAAAGAAGUGAGCGCGCUACAUUGACCCGACAAUCAUUGAACGAAAUACUUAAACGAGGUGCAUUACCUGGAUACGACAAAGGAUUCAAACGAAAUACAAUCGAUCCAGUAAGGAUGGCUUGGUUAUAUAUGAGACGUCAAAAAAUGAUUGAUAAAUCCAUAACUGUAUUCUCAAAUAUGUACGAAAAUUACAUGAAAAUACAAGCUGAAGGUACAAUAGGUCAAGCAACUUCAUUAGCAAAAGAUAAUGCACUUCAAGCAGCUUUAAAUGUGAUUCGAGGUAGAAAAGAUAAAAUGUCAUGGGAAUUAAUCAAAGAGAAUUCACCUCCUUAUUUAGUUUCAAGUAGAAUGACAGUCGUGGAUCCUCGAGACAUGAAAAUGGCCGCUCAGGUGGUAAUCAGAUUUGAUACCCAGCAGGCUCUGACAACCCAAAAGAAGAAUCAACAACCCGCAAGGCGAGAACAAAGGGUAGUUGAGAAUAUCAUCUUCGAAGUCAUGCCAGUUGAUAUCACCUGUAGUUGGAAAGUCAAAGGGAAAUUGAUAGAACAACAGGAACCUAAAAAGAAUUAA